AUGCUUUUAACGUUUUUAAUACCAGAAAGAGCAUGCUAAAAUAUCUAAAGAUAUUUAUUAAAAAAUCGAGAGAGCAAGCUCAUAGUUUCCACUUUCUAUAAUCCAGCUAUAUCUUUAUCUUAAGCCCUUAAAAGUUAAUUAUAGAUGUUAAUUACAUUUAUUUAAAUCCCGAAAAACAAGAAAACCCACCAACCAUUUUCUUGUUCAAAGCUAUCAUGCUUUCGCAACCCGAUCAAUCCUACUAAAAAUAAAAAAACUUUUAUAAUUAACGAAAUGAAAAAGUACUUAUAAAUUGAUUCUAUCAAUCAUCCUUCUCCUCUUUUUCUAGUAAAAUCAUAUAUUAACUAACAUAUAAAAAGGAAAAAGCAUGAAGAUAGGGAGACAUUAAAAAAAUUAAAAAAUAUAAAAAAUAAGAAAAAUAAAUAAGAAAAAAUAUAAAAAAAUUAAAGAUAUUUAAAAAAUAAUAAAAAAUUAAAAAAAUUAAAAAAUUGA